AUGGAAACGGGAGGGGAGGAGGAGCAAGACGAUUUAUCAGGCCACUCUCCGCAGGCUCCUCCCUCUUCCGCAUCUUCUCUUCCGAAGGAGCAUCCGCAAGUGGAAUUGGAGUUGAGGAUAUUGGAAGCUUUGGAAAUCUACCAUCCAGCUAAAUUACAAGGUUUACAUCGCCACUUUGUUCUUUAUGGGCUCAUGGAAUAUAUGCGGAAAAGCUUUGAAAAGCAAUUUACAGCUGAUGAGAUUCUGCAGUUGUUGGAUCGCUUCUUCAAUUUGGAAAUGCUGAAACCAGAUGAAGAAGAAGUGGAGAACAUUAAUCAUGAGGAGGAUUUUUCUUUGCCACAAAGCUUCUUUAUCAAGGAAGAGUCGUAGUCUUGUGUUAUUAAAGGCUCUGAUUUGCAUCAGCUCAAAUCGGUACUAAAAUCAAUUCCUUCCUGAAAUGCAGUUCAUCUUGAUUUGUUGGUUGGGAGCUUUGAUUACUAAUCAAGAGGUUUUGAAUUUGAUUUUUAUGUAUGUGAUGUGUGUAUGAAUUUGCCUUAAUGGCAAAUCAUUAACGAUUGUUGUGGACAAUAGUGAUAAGCAAAUCUGCGAAAAUAAAUGCUCAAAUGUUCAUGUUGUUUCUCAA